GGAGAUCAAUCAGUGUUUGUUUUUGAAAGUUUCAAAUUUUGAAAGUUUAAACUCUGACUUCUAAGUUUCUAAGUUUUCGACUUGGAAUAGAUGAUUGAUUAGAUACCUACCUUCCUAUUUCUCUAAUUUCCCUUGUUUAUAAAUCACUUAUUACAAAAUUUCAUGCUUGGUUUUAAAGCUAAACAUAUUAUAUGUAGUGUAUUCGGCGGUAAUACGAAUAGUUAUUACCUAUAAUUAAUAACGUAAUAUUUAUGAUAAGAUUGUUGUAGAUUGGUACCUUUUUAAAGAACCAGGUACCUUGUUAAAAUAUUAAAUUAUGUCUGGCGUUCCAUUGAGUCUUACUGAAAUUUUUUAUAUAGAAGAAGGAGUGAACGAUGAUUUUCGUUCAGAUGGACGAUCAAAUAUAGAUUACAGACCUAUGGAACUAGAAACUGAUGUGGUUAGCCAUGCUAGUGGAUCUGCCCGACUUCGGCUAGCUAACACAGAUAUACUUGUAGGUGUCAAAACUGAAAUUGAUGUCCCAAAGCCAGAUAUGCCAAGGGAAGGGAAAAUAGACUUCUUUGUAGAUUGUUCAGCUAAUGCAACUCCAGAAUUUGAGGGUCGAGGAGGGGAACAAUUGGCUACUAGAAUAUCUAACAUGUUACAAAAGGCAUACCAUUCUUCACAAGCCUUUGACCUUACCCAGUUGUGUAUAUUCGAAGGAAAACAAUGUUGGAAACUGUAUGUUGAUAUUCUAAUAUUAGAAUGUGGAGGCAAUUUAUGUGAUGCUGUUUCAUUGGCGGUAAAGGCUGCUCUAUUUAACACAAGGAUACCAUUAGUUAAAGCCGCUCUGAUGGAUGGUGGAAACAUAGAUUUAGAACUCUCUGAUGAUCCAUUUGACAGUAAACAUUUAGAUAUUGGAAGUGCACCACUAUUGGUCACAUUAUGUAAGAUAGGAGAAAAUUGUGUGGUAGACCCCUCAGCUGAAGAAGAAAGAUGUACUGUUGUAUCACUUGUUGUUGGUAUAUCUGGCAACAAAAAAUAUUAUACAAAUGAAGCAAAGGAAUCGACCAAUGUAGAAUGUAAAUUUACAGCAAUAGGAAUGAAUGGUGAGGGAAGUGUCACACCAGACACACUAACACAAGCAAUCGCACAGGGAAUGAUUGCAGCUAAGUGCUUGGAUGAAGCUCUCGGUAAAACACUUCUCAGGGAGAAAGACCAAGUUGUGCGAUUUAAGAAGGAUACAUAUGGUUUUCUUAAAUAAAGUAUUUACCAGU